GCGGAGCGGGACGCGGCUGGGCGGUCCGCACCGCGAGCGUCUCGGGGACCGUCUGGCUGGGCGGGGCUGCUUCGGACCUGAUCCUCUCAGGUCAGCGCGUCGGAGGCCGAGCUCGCGCGGCGCCGCCGGGACCCGGGGGUGGACGGAGAGGGUGGCAUCGCUGAAGAAGGGCUCGACCCGUUUACUCCCGAAUGAAUCACGUUGGCUCAGGCUUUCCAGACGUGAAUUUAGUGGCUUUGCUUGUCAAAAGCAGUUUGUUAACAGCAGAGUACUGGCCAUGGGCGAUCAGGACCUACCUGGCGUUUUGGUGUCUGGACUUGAAGGACCUCAUGGUAUAUGUGAAGAUCAUGCUGGAGACCUGCAGAAACACUUUAAUCUCAUUACCAUGCAAGAAUUUUUGGAAAAUAAAGCACAACUGGGUCCAAAGAUCCAAGCUGUGUACAUCUGGGGCGGAAUGCCGGCCAUUAGCCAGGAGCUGCUGCGCGGCCUGCCCUCCUUGAAGAUCGUUGCCAGCGCAGGGGCGGGUCUGGACCACCUGGACCUGGGGCUCAUUGCCAGCUUUGGUGUGAAGGUGGCCAACACGCCACACGCCAUUUCCAGCCCCACAGCAGACCUGGGGAUGGCCUUGCUGCUGGCCGCAGCUCGCAGAGUCGUAGAAGGUCAUCAGCUGGCUGUUUCGCCACGUACAGAGAACUUUUCUACGAACUGGAUGGGUCAAGACGUGACCAGGGCCACUCUGGGAAUUGUCGGCAUGGGCAACGUUGGCUAUAAGAUCGCUCAGCGGGCCAGAGCGUUUGAAAUGAGGAUUCUCUAUCACAAUAGGAAACGCAGAAGAUCGGAGGAGGAGGACGCUGUCGGGGCCGCUUACUGUGAGAGGCUGGAAGACCUGCUUCAGCGAUCUGACUUUGUGAUGUUGGCCAUGAGGCUGACGCCCCAGACCCAGGGCCUGAUCGGGAGGCGGGAGCUGAGUCUGAUGAAGCCCACCGCCAUUCUCGUCAACAUCGGCAGAGGUCUGUUAGUUGAUCAAGACGCCCUGGUGGAAGCCCUUCAGACCGGGGUCAUUAAUGCGGCCGCGCUGGACGUGACGUACCCAGAACCCCUGCCCAGAGAUCAUCCUUUGUUGCAGUUGAAGAACGUCACUCUGACACCUCACAUUGGAAGUGCAACUCAUCAAGCAAGACGACAGAUGAUGGAAAAUUUGGUUGAAAGUAUCCUGGCUUCUUUCAAUGGCCUUCCUGUUCCUAAUGAAGUGCUACUUAAAUGAUCUAUGUGGGCUGAGCAUUCAGUGGCACGAAAACGUGGCAGAUUAAAUGGGCAAAAAAACCCUUAUUUUGUGUACUGUAUGUUAAGAGUCCAUUAUAUAGAUUGAAUUAAUACCACUUAGAGGAAACCUUUAAGGAAUAGUAAGAAUAGUGACCAUUUGUUGAGAGUUUGAUAAAUGCUUUCCUUACACGUUCAUGUCAUCCUCAAGGCAGCUGUGUGAGGGAAGUUCUAUCGUUAUCAUUCCUGAUGACACUGAGCACAGAGAGCUACGCGUCCGCAGUCCAGAAGCCUGCACUAAGUCCGUGGGUUUCCCCGUGAACUACGCUGCUUCAAGCCUGAUGAAUUCUGAUGGUUUCCUGGAUGACAGAGUCCCCCUGGUACUCCAAUCACUGUU